UAAUAUUAUUAAAAUUUGAUUUGUGUUAUUAUUAUUGUCUGGUUUUACAGAAAAUGAAUAUUGUUUGUAUAAUAUGCAGUGACUUGUUAACACCAUCUGAUGAUGUAUUUUAUACUCCUUGUGGACAUAUUUUUCAUUUUGUUUGUUUAACUCGAUGGUUGGACAGAUCGAAAUCUUGCCCGCAAUGUAGAGAAAAAACCACGGCAAUUAAAAUCCAUCGGAUAUAUUUUAAUUUCUCUAAUAACGAGGCUAUCACAGAGGAUACAUGCUCUUUGCAGGAGAAAGUUGAUAAGCUAAGUCUGCAGCUUGCUUGUAAAGAGAAAAGUGCCAAAGACUUUUCAGAAAAAUGUCAAGCACUAGAAAAAGAAGCUAUGUGUCUACGAAAAGACCUAAUGAUAAUAGAAACUGAAAAAAAUACUGCUAUUCGUGCACUUAAACAGCAACUUCAAUACUUUAAGGAACAAGCUUCAGAAACAAGCAGCAUGAAGCAAGAAAAUGAACAGUUGAAGAAAAGAAUAGAAGACUGCAAAAAUAUAGAGACUUUACUCCAUGCUACCUCAGAAGAUGUUGAUGAGAUGCUUUCAAGAUCAUGUGAUCUUAAUACACUUGUUACAUAUAUAUCUGUAAUGAAAAGAGAAAUGACAGUUAGUAUGAAUAAACGCAGAGAGUUAAGGUCUAAAGUGAAGAGCCUGCAACAAGAACUUAUAAAAGUAUCCACGGAAAGGAACUUUUUAUCUCAAGAGCACACAAAGAGAAAGAAACUGGAAGAAGAUUUAAUGGUGUGUGAAAGUGAAAAUAUGUUUUUACAAACUAAACUGAGUGAAUUAAAAAAUAAUACAUUAUUAGCGCAACAAUCAAGUACAUUGAAUUCUCAACUAGACAAUUUAAAUUGUAAUCCAAGAAACAUUUGUAAACCACGCAAAACUGCAGAGACAGUAAACAAUGAAAAUAUUGAGAAAGAAAAUACUGACGAGGACGAGAAAAAUCCACCUGUUGUCAAAAAAAAUAAUCAAAACAAAAAUAAUUCUCCAUAUCUUCCGGUAAAAUCAGGGGGUGUAUUUGUCUUAAAACAAUUACCUAGUAAUAAACGCAGUAAUAUGGAUUCGACUUCAUCAAUUCUCGUUAAAAAGCCAAGAAUUGGGCAACCCCGUGUAAAAAUGGAACAUUCAGUUACAUAUGAUGGAUUUGGAGGACAUUCAAAGUACGAACAUUUUCCCAGUUCUUCUGGUUCAAAAAUGAAGAAAUUGUCAAGACAAUUGAAACUUGAGUGAAAAAUAGGAUGGAGUGAGGUUUUUUGAGUAAACAACAGUUAAAAAUUGAACUUUAUUGUUAGAUUUUUAAUUGGCAAAGGGAACUGUUAUAAUGGAGAAAACACUUACAGUUUAUUCAACUUGAAACAUGUAAUAAGGUUUUAAUAUACUUGUACAUUACUUAUUUAACUUUAACGAACAUCGUUCCCACGUGGAGAAAACGGGAAAACAAGUACUUCAUAGGUGGCGCUUGGCCCCACGAGUAAAACUCAAGGAUUGCCGCAUAGUGGUCGCAUGUAUAUGGAAAAGUGGAAAAAAUCUAUAACUUCCGCAUUUGUCGAUAUAUAUGAAUAAUUUCUUUUUUAUAUUAGUUCUGUGGUGAUAAAAGUCUAUUUAUUUAUAAAAAAUAAAAAAAAGAACUGAAAUUACCUCUUUCU